UUUCUCCUCAUCCAGGAGAAAAAGUUGAUGGAAGAGAGAAUCUCUGAAUUCACCACCAACCUGGCAGAGGAGGAGGAAAAAUCCAAGAGUUUACAGAAACUGAAGACGAAACACGAGGCCAUGAUCACAGACCUGGAAGAUCGGCUGCGUCGGGAGGAGAAGGCGCGUCAGGAGCUGGAAAAGAACAGACGCAAACUGGAGGGCGACUUCACCGAGACGCACGACCAGAUUGCUGAGCUCCAGGCUCAGAUCGCCGAGCUGCGCGCCCAGCUGGCCAAGAAGGAGGAGGAGCUGCAGGCCGCCCUCGCCAGAAUCGAGGAGGAGGCCGCCCAGAAGAACAUGGCUCAGAAGAAGAUCAGAGAGCUGGAGGCUCAGCUGUCCGAGCUGCAAGAGGACCUGGAGCUGGAGAAGCAGGCCCGCGUGAAGGCCGAGAAACACCGCAGGGACCUGGGGGAGGAGCUGGAGGCCCUGAAGACAGAGCUGGAGGACACCCUGGACUCUACAGCGGCUAUGCAGGAGCUCAGGACCAAACGUGAGACCGAGGUGACUCAGCUGAAGAAGAGCCUAGAGGAAGAAGCCCGAGUCCACGAGCAUCAGCUGGCUGAGAUGAGGCAGAAGCACAGCCAGGCCUUCGACGAGCUUAACGAGCAGCUGGAGCAGGCGAAGAGGAACAAAGUGUCGAUGGAGAAGGCCAAACAAGCCUUGGAGUCUGAGAAGAACGAGCUGACCAUCGAGCUGCAGACGCUGAUGCAGGGCAAGACUGACUCCGAGCACCGCAGGAAGAAGGCCGAAGGGCUGACUCAGGAGCUGCAGGCCAAAUACUCUGAGGCUGAGCGCCAGAGGGUGGAGCUGGCUGAGAAACUGGCUAAAGUGCAGGCUGAGCUGGACAAUGUUAACGGCAUGUUGAGUGAGGCUGAGGGCAAAUCCAUAAAGGCCACUAAAGACUUCUCGGCUGUGGAAUCCCAGCUGCAGGACGCCCAGGAACUCCUCCAAGAAGAGACGCGUCAGAAGCUCUCCCUCAACACUCGUCUGCGGCAGCUGGAGGACGAACAGAACAACUUGAAAGAGCAGCUGGAGGAAGAGGAGGAAGCCAAGAAGAAUGUGGAGCGGCAGCUUCAGACGGUGCAGGCUCAGCUUGCUGACAUGAGGAAGAAGGUGGAGCAGGACGCCGGCUCCCUGGAGUCCGCCGAGGAGGGGAAGAAGAGACUGCAGAGGGACCUGGAGAGCACCAACCAGCGGCUGGAGGAGAAAUGCGCCGCGUUUGACAAGCUGGACAAAACAAAGACGCGUCUGCAGCAGGAGCUGGACGACCUGCUGGUGGACCAGGACCACCUCCGACAGAUCGUCUCCAACCUGGAGAAGAAGCAGAAGAAGUUUGACCAGAUGCUCGCAGAGGAGAAGAACAUCUCUGCGCGCUAUGCGGAGGAGCGAGACCGAGCUGAAGCCGAGGCACGCGAGAAAGAAACCCGUGCUCUGGCUCUGACCCGAGAACUGGAAUCUCUGAUGGACGUCAAGGAGGAGCUGGACCGCAACAACAAGCUGCUGCGCGCCGAAAUGGAGGAUCUGGUUUCGUCUAAGGAUGACGUGGGCAAGAACGUCCACGAGCUGGAGAAGUCCAAACGUGCCAUGGAGCAGCAGCUGGAGGAGAUGAGGACUCAGCUGGAGGAACUGGAGGACGAGCUGCAGGCCACAGAGGACGCCAAGCUGCGUCUGGAGGUCAACAUGCAGGCCAUGAAGGCGCAGUACGAGAGAGACCUGGCAGGGCGCGACGAGAUGGGAGAGGAGAAGAAGAGAGCUCUGGUCAAACAGGUGCGUGAGAUGGAGAUGGAGCUGGAAGACGAGAGGAAGCAGCGCUCUGCCGCCGUGGCGGCGCGCAAAAAGCUGGAGCUGGACCUGAAGGAACUGGAGGCUGCCAUCGACAUGGCCAACAAGAACCGCGAUGAGGCCCUGAAGCAGCUCAAGAAGCUUCAAGCUCAGAUGAAGGAUCUGCUCCGAGAGCUGGAGGACACUCGCAUGUCCAGAGACGAGAUCUUGGCCCAGAGCAAGGAGACGGAGAAGAAGCUGAAGGGCAUGGAGGCCGACAUGAUCCAGAUGCAGGAGGAGCUGGCAGGAGCAGAGCGAGUGAAGCGACAGGCCAUGCAGGAGAGAGACGAGCUGCAGGACGAAAUCAACAACCAGGCCGCCAAGAACGCUCAGGUUGCAGAGGAGAGGAGGCGGCUGGAGGCUCGCAUCACCCAGCUGGAGGAGGAGCUGGAGGAGGAGCAGUGCAACACGGAGCUCAUCAACGACCGGCUGAAGAAGGCCAUGCUGCAGACCGACCAGAUCAACGUGGAGCUGACCGCAGAGCGCAGCACCUCUCAGCGGCUGGAGGGCGCGCGCAGCCAGCUGGAGCGCCAGAACAAGGAGCUGAAGCUGAAGCUGCAGGAGCUCGAGGGAACCGUCAAGUCCAAGUACAAGGCCAACAUGGCCGCCCUGGAGGCCAAGAUCGCCCAGCUGGAGGAGCAGCUGGAUAUCGAAACCAGGGAGAGGCAGACUGCCACCAAACUGGUGAGACGCACCGAGAAGAAGCUGAAGGAAGUCAUCCUGCAGGUGGAUGACGAGAGGCGCAGUGCAGAGCAGCACAAGGACCAGGCGGACAAGUUGAACUCUCGCAUGAAGCAGCUGAAGCGCCAACUGGAGGAGGCUGAGGAGGAGGCCCAGAGGGCCAACGCCAACCGAAGGAAACUCCAGAGGGAGCUGGAGGAUGCCACGGAGUCUGCGGACGCCAUGAACCGCGAGGUGGCCUCCCUCAAGAGCAAGCUGAGGCGUGGCGACUUGCCCUUCAGCGUAACUCGCCGCACUGUCCCUCGCGUGGAAAACGUGGAGAGCGAUGAGGAAGCCGAGCCCAAGGCCGAAGCCCCGGAGCCCCAAGCUUAAAGGGCCCCAUCCUCCGGCCCCUCUGCCUCUCGCCUCCUCCACGCUGAAUCCUAACCAGAAAGAGCAGCAAAUACUGGAAAGAAGAAAGAAAAUCAUGUCCAGACUAAAGGCAGGGAUUCUGCUCAGUCCAAGUUCAGUCCUGCGACUGUCCGAUCUAUCCGAACAGCAUCAAACUAUGCAUCCAUAACAGCUACACGCCAGUAAACGUAGACAAUCGCUUUUCCAACACACUCUCACGUUUCUUUUUUUUUUUUUUUGGCUCAAUUUCUUUCAUCACUUCCUUUUUCAUUCUCUGGGAAAAGUAACUAUUUUUAUAAGGAAAAUUUAGACUUGUAAUAGACCUGAUUUAGGAUUUAUUUUUCUAAUAGAAGGGAAAAUAAAAGAAUGAAGCCAAUUACAUGGAAGGGGACCAAAGUAAAUAUCAAGUAGAAGUUUCUAUUAUGCAGACAUUUUUUUUUUGUUUCGUUUAAAAUAAUGGCUAAGGAUGGUAAAUGCUUCAUGUGUAUCAUGCUCAUUUGUUGCUCUUCUUUGAGGUUCAUAAAGAUUUAUGCAAUAUCCUGAAAUGUACUCGACACGCCUAGCUACGAUUAGCGCUCGUUUCAAUGUUUUGGCCGAGAAUAUUUUGUAUGUGAAGUUGACCGAAGAUGUCCUGAAGGUUUUAAUUGGUGCGCUGAAAUUUUCUUAAUUUUGCACUGAAGAAAAGUUAUGAACCUAAAUGACGUACCACUGCAUUUGUGGAGUUCCAACAAAA